AUGUUUGCAAAUGAUUCCUGUCUUGAGGAUGAGCCAUGGAAUGCAGCUAUAGGAACUUUCGACAGACACUACAAGCUUUCCAGGAACUUUGUUGCAGAGCUUGUACACUUGGGGCCUAUUCUUGUGUCUGUGGUGGUUGGGAAGGACGUUUCAAGGGCAUUGGUAAGGUCUAUUCUGGGGUUCAAAGAGUAUAGAUUCUACAACAAUCAUAUUAAUGGAUGUCCGUAUUUCUUCUCUGUCCGCAACGGCCUCUCCAGGUAUUUUGUGGACAGCAUAGACAGCUGGAGGCAUGUGGAGGCUACAGGCACUCGGAAGUCCUCCUUCAUGGGAAUGCUGAAUUCUUUGUUUUCUCUCGGAAGCUGGCCAUUGAAAAACGAGUCUUCUGGGAGUAGAAGGAACAUGUAUGACACGAUAUCGAGCGGAAUGAUGAGAUGUCCCGAGAUGUUUUCUGUUGAAGAGAUAAUGGGGCGGAUGGCUGAGGUGAGGCCCGAGCAUGCUUGGGAAGUGGACAAUGAAUUCUACAGACAACCUGUUUAUGUCGAUUUGGUUGUGGAGAGCAACAAAAGAAUUCCCGGGGGGAUUCUUGGCCGAAGGCAGAUCAGCCCUGAGGACAGCCUUGACGUGUCUUCGGACGAAUUGGAAGACGUCAGGACGGCGGCCAACCCUGAAGAGAAGAGGCUGCGGCAUGCACUUCUUGGGUUUGUCUUUAACGAGAUUGAGUACUUUUGCCAAAUGAAUGCAUUCUAUCUGGACGUUGUAACGAAGACAUUGUGUGAGAAUACGGUGCUCGAAGAUGUAUUCAGAGGGUUUUUGAAGGUCUACGAUUUCGAGAUUGGAUUUAUAAACUCUAUGAGGGACAUAGUGGAGGAGGCAGGAUUUGCGAUGGACAGGGUUCUAUCUGAUCCUCAAUACUUUGCUUCUGAAAUGAAUGGCAAGGGGUUUCGGGAUGUCGGGAUGAAUGAUGAGGAGAUUGUGGAGAGGGUCCUGCAGUUUUUUGAAAACAGUCUCGAUGGAUUUAGAUGCUACGAGGAUAUGAUGCUGUCUUACGAGGAGUCUAUUGAGUUUUUGAAGAAGGCCAAGGAACGUUCUGGGGUUCCGGGCCACAGGAUAGUGGACGACUGCUUUUGCAACUGUCUGCAAAGGAUUGUAAGGUACCCUAUUCUCAUUGAAGACAUUCUUCGGAACCUUACAGACGAUCUACACAUGAAGAGGGCAAGAAGAGUCUACCUAAGGAUGGUAAAGCUGAUCAACAUCAUCGAUAAGAAGAAGGAAAGGCACGACAACAUCUUCUAUGGAUUAUUGGUGAAGAAGAGAGUUGAGGGGAUACCUGAGGAGAUUGCGAAGGGGAACACGGACUUUCUUUCUCAGCUAAGCUGUGAGGAUUCAAGCGGAGACCCUGUGGCACUAUUUCUAUUUCGUGAGAUGAUAAUUAUUGCAGACAGAGAGGGAUCUUCGGUAUCUAUUCAGGACCCGAGCACAGGGAGGUACUUUUUCCGGCAUGCCCUAAUGCUGAAGGAUAUAGGGCUUUGUGCCUUUGGAAUUUCCGGGAUAAAGAUAACAACAAAGGGAAGUCUAGGGGGGAGGGAGGAUCUGUAUGAGAUGACGGAGGUUUAUGACGAUGUCUGCGUUGGAGCAAUGUACUUUGCGAAAGGCUCUCCACAUUCUGUAAGAUGUUUUGUUGAAGAGUACCACAAGGCGGAAAUUGAAUCUGAGGCUGGGCUAUACAUAUCGUCCACAAAUGUAUUUUCUAGAGUUUUCAGGAGUGGAGAUGCAGGGAAAGGGAGCUUGAGAAGAAGAGACCUGGUGGUGUAUACAAACAGAGAGGAGUUCAAUUCGUCUCAAAUUUCGGACAGUGGGUACCUAGACAUUGAGAAUGGUGUUUUCGAGAUCAGAGGUCUUGACGGUACGGAGCAAUGCAUAAACUAUAGAGAGAGAGAGCUGAAGCAUCAGCUUGCAGAUGCUGUGGGGGAGAUCGUCAGAACCAGAAGGGCGUAUGCCGCAUCAAAGGACACUCCUUGGAGAUCUCCCCAGUUAUUUGCAAUGUAUAGGAUAAAGCUUAGGGAAGUCGUGGAGGAGUGUGGAGACUCCUCGGUUAUUGAAUUCAAUGGAAGGCUUUCUAGGUGUGAUUCAGCCACAGUCACCAAGAAGAUUUACGUCAUGAAAGGGAUUGUGGGAUACCUGUCCAGGUCUUUGUCGUAUGUGGGAUGCAAUAAGUUUUCGAAGGAGCAGCUUCCUCUCGACGGAGACAAUGGCUGCAGGCUCGAGGAAAAUGAAAUCAUAGGGUUCUUGGAAAAGGCCUUGGAUACUGAAGAGCUCGAGGACAGGGCCUUCACCGAUUACACUGCAGAGGACAUCCUUUACCUGCUAAUGUAUUUCGUGCGCACAAACAUGUACACUUUCUUUAGAAUAGAAGACAUAGAGAUCUUGCACAGAGCGUUAUUUGUGGACAAGGUCUGCCUCCUAGGUACGGUUGUCCUGCAGACAAGUAACCCCUUGCUUGCUACAUCUUUCUUCGAGGUUAUAAUCAGGGCAAAAGACAAGCUCUCGAUCAUCCCUGUACUGAAGAUGUUUAUGGCCAUGUUUGGGCCGUUCAAAGUGGACAGGUCGGAGAUGAUUGAGAUGGUGGCCAGAAUCCGUUGGUGA